AUGGUAGGUCAACUGAAUCAAUUACUCAAUUUGAGCGAUCAUUUCUUCGAGCGUGGUCUAAAAGCUGGGAUUGGAAGCGACAUUACCGUAUCGGUGCCGGCUUGGGACAAGGAAUACAAGUUCCAUACACUGGUUCUGGAUCAGAUACCGUAUUUUCGCGUUCUAUUUGAAGGCAAAUUUUGCGAAAACACUGCCGAAAAAAUCACUCUACAGUUGGAAGACAACCCUUAUAUUACUCCUGAAGCAUUUCAGCUAACAUUGAAGUAUGUUUACAGCCAAAAACACGGAACAUUCACCGACAAGAAUGUCCUGGAAGUGCUAGCUCUCAGUUCGUAUUUUUGGCUCGAUAGUUUAAGCGACCUAUGCGUUGAUUAUAUCACGGAUAACAUGGCCCCCGACAAUGUACUCGGUUUUGUUAAAUUUGUUGAUGAGAAAUCAUCGUUGUGGUAUAUCCACUACUUGUCGUAUUAUCCAUCCUAG